CUGGCCCACGAUUCCAUCCUCUCCCCUUUCCUGAGGUCCGAUUGGUGUAGUCCUUCGGGUCCGGGGCUCUAGGUGAGGUCCCCCGGGGCCCGACCCCUGGUACAAGUCAACUUGGUAUCGCCUGCUACUCUCAUAUACCCCCCUCCCUUUGGUAUGGUCUCUCCCUACUGCCACGCCCCCCCUGGAGUUAUUUCUCGCACGUCUUCCCAGUUCCGUCACCCCCGGGCUUGGGCGACCCGUAGUCUCUUUCCAGUCUUCUUUGGCUAAGGGUCCCCCCAGCCUUGUGUUGGUACGGUCCAGCUACGGCCUCUUCCUGGACGCCGUUGGUAGGCGCUGGGCUCCCCCGCUCGCAGCAGUGGUUCGGUCGCGGCGACCCUCUCCGGCCGCGCGGCCCCCGCGCUUGGUACGCUCCGACCCGUCUCCCCCGAAGCCGCGCACCCGCGCCCCUUACUCGUUGGAGCCCGUAUCCCCCCGAGCGGCCCGCGGCAGCCCCCAGUCCACUCGCCCCGCGCCUGCCAUGGUUCGCCCGCGCCGUGCUCCGCACCGCUCUGGCGUUGGGGGCCCCCUCGGGGGUCGCGGCCGCCCCCCGCGACCCAUCAUGACCUGCACAGCCCGCUCGCGCUCCUGGCCGGCCAUCCCCCGUGGCCCGCAGCCGCCGCGGAUCCGGGCCCGUUCGGCCCCUCCUAUGGAAGGCGCACGGGUGUUUGGUGCCCUGGGCCCCAUCGGGCCUUCCUCACCGGGGCUCUCACUUGGUGGCCUGGCGGUGGGUGAACACCGGCUCAGCAACAAGCUGCUGGCCUGGAGUGGUGUCCUCGAGUGGCAGGAGAAGCGCAGACCCUAUUCGGACUCGAGUGCGAAGCUGAAGCGGAUGCUGCCCUGCCAGGCCUACGUGAACCAGGGCGAGAACCUGGAGACCGACCAGUGGCCCCAGAAGCUGAUCAUGCAGCUGAUCCCGCAGCAGCUGCUGACUACCCUGGGCCCCCUGUUCCGAAACUCCCAGCUGGCACAGUUCCACUUCACCAACCGAGACUGUGACUCCCUCAAGGGACUCUGCCGCGUCAUGGGCAACGGCUUCGCGGGCUGCAUGCUGUUCCCCCACAUCUCCCCCUGCGAGGUGCGCGUGCUUAUGCUUCUGUACUCGUCCAAGAAGAAGAUAUUCAUGGGCCUCAUUCCCUACGACCAGAGUGGCUUCGUCAGUGCCAUCCGGCAGGUUAUCACUACUCGCAAGCAGGCAGUAGGCCCAGGUGGUGUCAAUGCAGGCCCUGUACAGAUUGUCAACAACAAGUUCCUGGCGUGGAGUGGUGUCAUGGAGUGGCAGGAGCCUAGGCCUGAGCCCAACAGUCGCUCCAAGAGGUGGCUGCCAUCCCACAUCUAUGUGAACCAGGGCGAGAUCCUGAGGACGGAGCAGUGGCCGCGGAAGCUGUCCAUGCAGCUCAUCCCACAGCAGCUGCUGACCACCUUGGUGCCACUGUUCCGGAACUCCCGCCUGGUGCAGUUCCACUUCACCAAGGACCUGGAGACACUGAAGAGCCUGUGCCGGAUCAUGGACAAUGGCUUCGCGGGCUGCGUGCACUUCCCCUACAAGGCCUCAUGCGAGGUGCGCGUGCUGACGCUCCUGUACUCCUCGGAGAAGAGGAUCUUCAUAGGCCUCAUCCCCCAUGACCAGAGCAACUUCGUCAAUGGCAUCCGCCGUGUCAUCGCCAACCAGCAGCAGGUCCUCCAGCGGAACCUGGAGCAGGAGCAGCAGCAGCGAGGGAUGGGGGGGUAGUGCCCCCCCACCAGGGCCAGGCCUCCAGGAGCCGCGGAUGAGGCCCCCACAGACUGGUCAGAUGCUUCAGAAUGGGGCCCCUGGGGAGUGCAAUUGUGCAUCAAGAUGGAGGACAGCAUCCAGAGGCGCCUCCAAGGACAGUCCCACCCCUGUAGUUUCCCCAAUAAAGCCUUUUAAAAAACC